AUGUUUAUCUUCGCGUUUCUGGAUCCUUCUCCACCCCUUCGUAUCCUCCUGAUGAAAACGGGUUUCUACCCACCGCUUUAUCAAUACAGGAUCUCUCCCAAAUCCGAAAUCGCUGACGGAUCUUCGUUGAAUGGUCGAAACGGCCUCAGGACGAGGCGUAUUACCGGUGGCGACGGUGGGGAGGCGUUACCGAUGUCAGCUUCUGCUCUCUCUCACCGGAUCAUGAAGCAUCAGUUACUACUUCCGGCGCUUGCUGAUUGUCGACCAUCGCCGCUCAGGGUGAUUAAGCAACAUCAUACACCGGCGAUGCUGCUACUGGUGGCACAAAUUAUCAGAGCAUCACCGGAAACAUUGGGUUCUACUUCAAACUCAUCAGGUGGAAGUCUUGGUUUCUCCCAUCAAAAUAGAGGUAGUACGCCAUGUUCUGCAAAAAUUGUGUGCAGGUUGUGGGAGAAGAAUAUCACCUGGGUGGAUAUCUUUGAGGAGAUACAUUCCUUGUGGAUUUUGGAAGCCUGCUUUUCAUCUUUAGUAGUAAAAUCGGUGCUUUUCUUCUGCAUUGGUGCACUCCUGCUCCGUCUUAUCAGUUUUCUAUGGACGGCUAAAAGUCUCGAGCCGUUUAAAAAACCUUUUCUUUCUUCUCUUUUGGAUCUGCUUAUUCCAACAGAAACCUUCCUACCAGAUGUUAACGUCAUCGAAAUAGCAAUAUCCUUUUUUAAACCACAAAAGACCAAAUUGCCCUUUACCAAUUUUACUGCACCAAUCCCAGGAGGUAGUGCCGUCUGGAAUCGCAAUCAGAUUAGAAUAUUGAACGUGCUCAUUGAGGAGCAAAUGCUUAUACUUAGGAAUAUAUUCAACACCAUCUAUUGUCAAGAGGGAACCGAAAAUGUAAUUGAGCUUUGGUAUUUACAAGCCAGAAGAUGUAAAACUUGCAGUGCGUUUGUUCGAGGUGGAUUUAAACAAAAUGGUUAUGAGUUUGCAAAAUCACUUUUUUUCAAGGUAUCCACUUCAAAGGAUUGACAAUUCCUUUGAUUUGGGAUUUUAUUGAAGUUGAGUUAUGCUGAACACAAAUUCAGACGUUAGCACAAACAAUCAUGAAUUUGUUAAAAGUCAAGAUUCUUAUGCCAUGUGUGUGCUGGCCCUUUAGUCCCUUUACCUUGAAUUGGAAACGUCGUCGUCUAUUUUUCACAAGCACACAACGAGCAAGUUGCAGCAUGAUGCGAACCUGAUGAAGUUUAUCCAGAAAUGACUAUUCGACCCGUAUAUAAAAUUGGAAAUCUUAUAUUGUGAAAAAAGUAAUCUCAAAAUCGGUUUUGAGCAUACUUUUCGUCUUUUGAUUUUGAAGAUGGUUUGACUGAUUCGAUUAUCAAAAGACGAAAACAAUGCUCAAUACCAAACCCCGCGGAGCGGGGUUUCCCAAGUAGUAUAUAUGAAAGUUGUGCACCAAGAUGAAUAGUGAAUUAUGGUUGAUUAUGAAAUAUUUCGAUUUGUUUCUUAUUUUUUUAUUGAAUUGA